AUGUUGAAGAUGGACGACGACGACGAUGAGGACGACCACGACGACGAGCUGGACGGCGAGGACGGGUCGCUGAGCCCCGGCGCCGGCGGCUCGCGCGCGCGGGCUCCCUGGCUGCGGACAGGUACCGCCGCCGACCGGGAGUACCUGCGCUGUUUGGACGCAGCGCUCGAAUGUAGGCCCCGCGCCCGUUCUACGCAUGCGCACGCGCAUGCGCAUGAGGCAUGGCGGCGGCGCGCGCGCGUGCGCGGCCGCCGCGCCCGCGGCGCCCCUCGCGGCCUUCGGCCGAGUCGACGACCGAGUGUGCGGUGGUCGUGGCGCCGCGGGGUCCGGCCGCACCGCGGGGUGCGAGCUGGCUGUGCCCGCUCUUGGUCUCUCGAUUCCUUCCCCGGAAAAGCCUUUGUUUCCCAGGAGCUGGCCAUGCUAGUACUGUUUCUCGAUCAUUCUGGUAGACCUGAAAAUUCUAGACUGGCCUCAGAUAGUGUUUGGUAUGAACGUAGAUGA